ACCAAUUAUCCCGUGUGGGUGCAUUUAAGGGUGAUUUCUAUCCUUUGCAUUUAUUCUGAGCUGUAAAAGUAAAUUUCUGCUCUAACAUGGCUGAUGCUAGGAGCAAUAAAUCCCAAAGCAAAGGAAAAAGGGGCCAUUCUUCUGAUCCUAAAGAAAGUUCCUCAGGGGAUCCUGUUCCUCCCAAGGCAGCCAGAGUUUCUACUAGAUCCACUCACUCCAAGAGUGCUAAUAUUGCUGCAUCAUCAAGAGAAGAGACCAGGAGGCAUAAGGCCAUGGAAAAGGCCUUUCAAAAAGCUGCUUCAGAGGCCUCUAGAGUUUCAUCUCCUUCUGUGGGGCCUUCUAAAUCUCCUGCCCUCCCCACUUCCAAUGUGGCUGUUCCUUCUUCCCAAAUUCAAAUUGAACAUGAUUUUUCUCCUGAUCAGUCUACUCUGGGUGAGAAUGUGGCUGCUGAUGCUUCUUCAGUUUUUCCUGCUGCUAGGCCUCUAUCUCCAAUUGUUUCUAUUCAGGCCCCCCCAAGGCAAGAAUAUCCUGUGGCUCAAGCCCAAUCCAGCAUUCAGGGGGCUGAGGCUCCUGUGAGUUUAACUCCUGCCCUAGCUGAACUUAUUUCUGUUUCAAUUAGGCAGGGUAUUCAUGAAGGCCUUCAGCAAAGGGCCUCUUCUGAGGCCUCCAGUUAUGUGAGUCAGCAGAGUCGUUCUGUGAGGGCCCAGGCCGUUGCUGAUCCUGUGCUAUGUGAAGAAAGGGCGGCUUCCCCGGAAAAUGCAAGUCAAGGUUCCCUGUCUGAGGGGAAAAUUGCCCCUGAUCAAGAUCUCUCGGAUGAUGAAGGUCUAGAACCAGACCAGCCUUCCUUCAUUGGUCUUUUCAAGCCUCAAUUAUUCAGAUCCCUUUUAUUUAAAGCUCAAAAUGUUACUGGCCUGGGAAUUUCUUCUACUCCUUCCUCUCAAGGGGCUUCUACAUCCUCUUCUCAGCCCUCAGCAAGAGGGCUUCAUCAUUAUUAUUUCAGGAAUUUUCCAUUCGUGCAGAGGUCGUUCCAGCUCCCAAGCUGUUUUCUGAUGUCGUUCAAAGACAGUGGUCUCCUAGUUCUGGCCCGGUUCCCAAUGGUCUAGAUAAAAGAUUUUAUAAUAUGGCAUCUGAUUUUGCUAAUAUUCUUCAAGUUCCUUCUGUAGAUGCUCCGGUUGUCGCCCUCUCUUCUGCAUCUCCUCUUACUGGUCCGUCAGAGGAAUUCCUGCGCCCUGAAGAUAAGAAGUUUGAACGCUCCUUGGUCAAGGACCACCAGGCCUCAGCUUGGUCCAUUCAGGCCUCCUUGGCCGCUUCCUUUUUUAACAGGGCCUCCAUCCUUUGGCUUCACCAACUACAGGAAAGGCUGCCUCCUUCUGAUAUGCGAUCUCACCAGGACAUCAACAAGAUCCUAACUGCUGUUGAGUUCUCUGCUAAUGCUACUCUGAAUGCGGCAAGGUUUUCAGCUAAGGCUAUCGGGGCUUCAGUCACUUCUCAUAGGCUUCUGUGGCUUCGUCAGUGGCAGGCAGAUGUUCGGAACAAGUGGAGACUGGCAUCAGCUCCUUUCUCGGGGAACAAUCUCUUCGGCCUAGCCUUGGAUCCACUCCUCAUCGAGACGAAGGAUCAUCGCAAGAUUCUGCCCGCCUUAUCGAGAAGAUCUGAUCCUCGUCAGCAGGGUUCCUUUCGAAGCCAUUCCUUUCGCUCCGACUUCUCUUCCUUCCAGUCCAGGCCUCAGCGGUACUCUCAGCCCAGGGGCGGACAACAGCAGGAUUUCCAGGAGCACGUCAGAGGCCAGAGUCCCCUUGACUCCUCAAGUUCUCCGGUCCUUGGCAUGGUGGACCUCUCCGGCUCUUGCUCAGGGAUGCCUGUUCAGAGUGCCUCAGCGCGUGAGCAUCACCACGGACGCGAGCCUCUUCGGAUGAGGGGCUCACCUGGGGUCUCAGAUGGCCCAAGGGCAGUGGUCGGUCCAGGAGAGGGGACUUCACAUCAACAUCUUGGAGCUCAGAGCCAUCUUCCAAGCUCUUCGCAAGUUCCCUCCUCUCCUUCGAGAUCUGGAUGUCUUGAUCAGAACAGACAACGUAGCUGCCAAGGCCCACAUCAACCGGCAAGGAGGGACCCGCUCCAAGGCUCUCAUGAGGGAGGCAUCUCGUCUCUUCAGGUGGGCGGAGAGUCACUUGGCAUCCAUUCACGCCUCUCACAUCUCAGGGUCAGCAAAUGUUCAGGCAGACGCUUUCAGUCGCUCGGUGGUGGACAGACGGAGUGGAGCCUUGAUCCACUUCUGUUCCAGGACAUCGUGCAUCGCUUCGGCCUUCCAGCAGUGGACCUCUUUGCGUCCGAAUCCAACCACCAGCUUCCGAGGUUUUACACGAGAUUUCCUGUCCCGGGAGCCAAAGCUGUGGACGCCUUGAUCAGCCCGUGGCCUUGUGGUCUUCUUCUCUAUGCUUUCCCACCUCUUCCCCUCAUCUCCAGGGUCAUCAGGAAGCUGUUGCAGGAACAAGCCGAGCUCAUCCUUCUGGCUCCCUUCUGGCCCAGACAACCGUGGUUUGCAGAUCUGAUGGCUCUCUCUGUUGCUCCCCAUUGGCAGAUCCCGGCCGACAAAAUAUCUCUGUGGCAGAGCCGUCUAGCUCAUCCAGACCCUCAGUGGCUCCGGCUGACCGUCGGAGGUUGAGCGGUUCCUCCUGUCCUCAGCCAGGGUGCCUUCAGAAAUAAUUUCUAUGAUCCAGCCUCUCAUCGAGGAUCAACAAACCGUAUUUACAAUGCCACUUGGAUGGCCUUCUCUGCCUGGUGUCACCGUAAGAAGGUCCUUCCUACUGCUACUUCCAUUCUUGACAUCCUGGGCUUCCUUCAAGAUGGCUUCAAAUCGGGGCUGUCUCCCAAUAUCCUCCAGAGGCAAAUCUCUGCCAUCUCAUCUAUCCUCACCUGCAGCACCGCUGAGUCUGUGUCCACUCAUCCUCUCAUCUGUUCAUUCCUCAGAGGCGCGGCCAAUCUACGUCCUCCGGCUGUUCAUCGGUUUCCCACCUGGGACCUGAAUAAGGUUCUGUUAGCUCUUACUGGUCCUCCUUUUGAACCUCUCCGGGAAGUCUCGCUGAAGUUCUUGUCUUUUAAGGCAGCCUUUCUAGUGGCUAUCACCUCGGCUAGGAGGAUCUCGGAGUUGGCUGCCCUCUCAGUUCGCCAGGAUCUCUGUAUUAUUCAUGCUGAUCGAGUAGUUUUGAGAUUGGAUCCAGCUUUUAUUCCAAAGAUCAAUUCAGCUUUUCAUCGUUCUCAAGAGAUCAUUCUUCCCAACUUCUGUCCUUCCCCCCCGUCAUCGCUUGGAGAAGGUGUGGCACAAGCUUGAUGUUCGUCGGGCUCUCAAGAUUUAUAUCUCCAGGACUUCUUCCUUUCGUCGCUCCGAGGCUCUCUUUGUGUCUUUCCAACCCCAGUCCAUGGGGUCAAAGGUUUCUUCUACUACCUUGGGUUGAUGGCUCAGGGCUUCCAUUUCUUUUGCUUACGAAGCUCAAUCAUUGCCAGUGCCUCGUGGUGUUACAGCCUACUCUACCAGGAGCGCGGCUACUUCGACUGCCUGGUCUACCCAAGCUUCACUCGAGGAGGUCUGCCGAGCCGCUACUUGGACGUCUCCAUCUCCAUUUAUCCGGCAUUACCGGUUGGAUGUUUAUGCAUCGGCGGAAGCCUCCUUUGGAAGACGUGUGCUGCAGCGGGUUUCUUCCCAGGACCAGGAGAGGCGCCAGCCUUCUCCCUCCCAAUAGGUACAUGGGCUUUGGUAUAUCCCUUUAGUGACCGGCGUUUCCUCCGUGACUGAGAAUGAGCAUUGGUCUUACCUGAUACGCCACUUCUAGUCACUAGGAAACGCCGGUCACCCCCUCCCAAUUGGUCCGGCACCUCUCGUGCUGGCUUUUGGCUGUUGACGGAGGGGGGUGGGUCCUGGGGUUUUUUUACCUUUCCUUUAUUUUUUACAGACACGACAGUCUACCUUUCGUCCUUGUCUCAAACUGGAUACAGGAAGAGGUGGGGCUUCUUUUGUUGGUGGACUCAGUCCUAGAGCUACUGGCUAGGUUGUAACCCUUUAGUGACCGGUGUUUCCUAGUGACUAGAAGUGGCGUAUCAGGUAAGACCAACACUCAAUCACUACCUUGUGCAUAAUUACAGAGGUAAAAUUUGAAAGACCAUAUUUGCUAUAUAUUAUGAGAGCAUGGAGAAUGUGGAAGACAUGGAAAAAUCACCAUUCUGUUCAGAUUCUGGGGAGUGUUUUAUAUAGUGAAAUUUUCACCUGUGAAUUAGCACAAAUUUUAAAUAAAAUAUUUACACAGUUAUUCCUAUCUAUUAGUUAUUGAACUCAAAAAUAAAUGACACUGGUCCAUUGAAGGAAGGGAAGUAAAUAGAAAAAAACUUGCUGCCUACAAAUAAGUUGAAGGACAAGGAGGAAAUGGAGAAAAAAUGUCUAUAAAGCGAUUGGAAGAACUUUAUACAGGUAGUUCUUAACUUACAACCCCAAUUGAACCCCAAAUUUCUGUUGCUAAGCAAGACAUUCGUUAAGUGAGUUUUCCCCAUUUAAUGACCUGUCUUGGCACAGUUGUUAAAUGAAUCACUGCAGUUGUUAAAUUAAUAACAUGUUUGUUAAGUGAACCUGGCUUUCUCAUUGGCUUUGCUUGUCAGAAGGUUACAAAAGGUGAUAACAUGACCCCAGGACACUGCAACUGUCAUAAAUAUGAACUAGUUGUCAAGCAUCCGAAUUUUGAUCACAUGGCUAUGGGAAUGCUACAACGUAAGUGUGAAAAAGGGUCAUGAGUUGUUUAUUUCAGUUCUGUUGUAACCUCGAAUGAUCACUAAACAAAUGGUUGUAAGUCAAGGGCUACCUGGAUAUAAGAUAAUAGAAAUGAUAGAUACUAAUGUAACUCUGGAAUAUUCACAAUACACAAUAGAUACGCUGUUUCAUUUAUGAAUAAAUCAAACAAAAUAUUUGGCCACUUCCGGUUUGGCAACGCAGCAAGACAGUUGGGGAAAUAGUGGGCUCUGAUGAGUCCCGCGAAAACCCGGCUGCCGAACCGCCACCGAUGGGUCUUUGGACCGAACCCAUCUUGCAGAGACGGGGGAAGAAGAGAGGCGCCUCGGAUGACCAAGAGAAACAGGCAAGUUUCUCGGAGGUCGGAGGGAACCCUCUCUGAAUCGGCGGGGGGUGGCAGCCAUGGCGGCUGCCACGAAGCUGGGACAACCAGGCAAGAAAAGUGCUGGAGGAAAGCGGAGAAAAAUGGAGCUCUUUGAAGCCGGGUGAGUGACAACAGCCCAGGCUUGCAACAACGUUUGGAGCAUUACUAAUAAUUAGAAGACCCCUAGCCUAAAACAGCGGCUAUGCAACAAAGGGGCUUUGGAAAAAAUUUUAAAACUACAACUUUAAAGAGACAAAGACCCGGGAAACAACUAAUUUUGAAACAGAACUAAGAGAAUUAAUCUGGAGAUAUGGUUAAAAGACUAAACACUUUAAAAUUUGAAUUGGAUUUGGAUUUUAAAAAGCAAAAAGAAGAUUUGAUACUUUUUUAAUUAAAAGAAGAAGAAAUAAAUUGGAUGGUUAUAUAAUAAUAAAUAAAAUUGAGUCUUGCAUGACUAAUGGAAAAUAUGGAUUAUAGAGAGACACCAUCUGGCGUAAAGAGGAACUUUAUAACUUCCCUUUGUUAUGGGAAACUCUGAGCUUUACAGAUAAAAAUUACUGAACUCUGUGGAGGAGGAUUUUUCUUUCCUGUAUGCAGGCGGCUUGAUUAUGG